CAUACACCUGUGAAUGACUUCGCACACAUUUCGCAACAUCUUUUAUUUGCAGAAGGCAAAUAUGCACCCAUGACUUGGCGCAGAAAGCGCGCAAAAAAAAUGAAAAUAUUUUUGGCCGAUACGAUCAUUGAUCGCGAUAAAUAUUUGUACGUUUUUCUUAUUUAACAAUUACAUUAUGAAAACUGCUUCAAAAAGGGUUACAUCGAUCCAAUCAGGCAGCAUUACAAUCAGUCACUUAUUGCAGUUCACUCCCUAAAGAUGGAUUUUAGCUGGUCGUUGGUUUUAUUCUUCAUCGCAGCACCGGUGCUGACUUUACAGCUCUCCUUGCCCACAGAUCAAACCUACUAUGCCGGUGUCGCAGAAUUUAUACCACCGCCCGGCGCAGGUCAACCGAAAGUGAAGGAUGGGCUGAAGCGCAUCAAAAGCGUCAUCGAAUCAAAUAGCACAGAUGGCCUGGAUAUACUCGUAUUUCCCGAAUAUGUGCUGAACGACUACUCCACACUCACUUAUGUGCCGGAGCCAGCGCUUAAUAUUACACCCUGCGAUGUACCGGAUUACGAUUUUUUUCUUUCCGAAUUGUCCUGUGCCGCACGUUCGCGCCAAUUGUAUUUGGUGAUACACGUAAAAGAGAAGGUAUUCUGUGCCGAUAAUCCUCUCCCCGUGGGGCAUUGUAAUGCCAGUGGAAUAAAUACCUACAGCACAAGUGUGGUCUUUGAUCGGCAGGGUCGUGUAAUUUCACGUUAUCGUAAAAGCAAUCUCUUUCGCUAUGAAUGGUAUACUGUGAAUGUUUUGCCCCAGUCACAGCUGGGCGUAUUCAGCACCGAUUUCGGUGUGACUUUUGGCCAUUUCAUUGGUGUUGAUUUUCUCUUUUGGCAACCGGCGCAAGCGUUGGUUAAGCAGCUAGGCAUAACAGAUUUGAUAAAUCCAACGCAUUGGUUCAAUGAGUUGCCUUUCCUAACCGCUGUACAAUUGCAAGAAGGCUGGGCUUUUGCCAACGAUGUCAACUUGCUUGCCGCAGAUGCGAGCAGUCCAAGUAGCCAAAAUAGCGGCUCGGGUAUUUAUGCUGGACGCUCGGGACGCCUUGCAGCCGUCAUCUGUGAGGAACCUACUACACAGUUGCUUACCGCGAGAGUGCCGAAACGCGCCUAUCGGGACAGUUAUCAAAUGGUAACGACAAUACAACCCGCCUUUGUGCCACAACUUCAAACGCCACGUCUCACCAAACUCGAUCUGCAGCGCGACUAUAAUGUGGAUAUUUUUAAGACGCAGCUGUUAGAAGCUGAUUUCACGUCGGUUAAUGAAACUCUCUGCUACGAUAGCCAUUUCUGCUGCCACUUUCAAGCGAAACGCGCACCGGUUGCCAGCAGCGCGAGUACCCACACGGCUUAUCGCUAUCGGCUGGCUGCUUAUAGCGGCUCGCAGGCUACACUCCAACGCAUUGAAACAGCGGAAUUGAAAGUUUGUGCUGUGCUCGCCUGCUCGAAUGGGCAGUUGUACAGUUGUGGACGUAUCUUUCCCGAGAAUGUGUCAGUUGCUAAUAAAUACUAUUUUAGCGCGUUGAAAGUGAGCGGAAAAUUUGCGCAUGCGCCACGACGUCUCAUUAUACCGACUAGCGUGGAUGGCGCUAUGUUACCGCUGCCGGUACACAUGUACGAGUGGCAAAUUGAUGAGAGGAAUAAAAUUACAACUGUGUCCAUUAGUUUAAGAUCGCCAAAAUUAGAUUUGCUCACUUUUGGUAUUUGGGCCAACUAUUUCAUCGAAAAAGUGAGCCAACAUAAUUUGGACCCUAUAUGGCCACCAACUCAGCCUGUGAGCUCUGCUGCUACCUCGCUAAGCGGUUUUCAGCUUAUAACAGCAUUGUUGUUGCUGGUGUCUUUCAAAAAAAUCAAAUGAAAGGAAAUGAAAUUAAAUUAA